AAAACUCGACAGAACACCGCGCGGGAGCUGGGCGACAGCGGGCGCUCGUACGACCGAGGGACUGCUGUAAGAAGAAGACACGAAAAAGAUGCGAGAAUAACCCCCUUAUUAAGCUUUUAUUCUACAUAAAUGAACAGUCUGUGCUGCGGGUUCCUUUAACUAUGAUGAACUGAAGAUAACUUCACUUAAAUGACACAUAAUGUCAAUAAAGGCAAAGAAAUGUGGAGUGACAUUUGCGCCACCGUCAAUUAUUGUCAUAUAUGAAAGUGAAGAUACAAAGAAGAUGCGCAAAAGAGUAAUACCAGUGAGGAACUUCUUUCAGUUUUCAGACUGUGGCAGAGCAGCUGAGAGACUGAAGCACCAUGCCCGUCACAGUCUGUACCUGGAAUCUGUCCCUUUGGCUCAGCUGGAGAGACUACACACAGUCCUUCGUGACCACCUGCGGGGUCUCACCUUGGAGGAGAGUCUGGCUGCACAGCGGGGCCCUGACCCAAAUGACGAAGACCUCAACAAGCUCAGUGAUGAAGCGCUGAACCGCAGGAAGGCACAGAUGGACAUCGUCUUUGAACGCAACCGGCGCCACAAGGACGAUCCAGACUUUGUGUACGACCUUGAGGUUGAAUUUCCUCAGAACAGUGUACGAGAAACCUGUAGCUGGGAUGAGGACCGGUCAGAUGAGGAGUUUUAAAGGGCUACAGACUAAACACAUAAAGCUACACUCACAGAUGCCUUUUGGGCUCAUUACAGAUCCUCCAACAUAAACUAGCUUUAGCAAGGACAUCAUUACAUGCAUAGUGACAAAGUAACAAUACUAUGGUAUGCUACCUAGUGGAACUGGUUACAUUGAUUAGGUGACCUGGUAAGGAGAAAAGCAUCUCAGAAUGCACAAGAUGUCCAACGUUGAGGAGAUUGGACUACAACAGAAGUCCUUCUCUGGUUCCAGAAUUCACCUUCUGUCAGACACAAGAAAACUGGACAGAAAAACACAGCCUGGUCUGAUGACUCUUAAUUUCUGCUGAGGUACAGUCAGAAUGUAGAUCCAACAGCAUGAAUUAUUGAACUCAACCUGCCUUGUGUCAACAGUUCAGGCUGGUGAAUAUGGUUUAAUGGUGUGGGACAAUUUUCUUGUUACACAUUGGGCUGUUAAUACCAUCCAGUCAUCGCUUGAAUGCCACAGCCUAUAUUGCUGGCCAGGCACAUCCCUGUAAGGUGACAAAUUGUCAAUUUAUAUUCUAAUGGUGACUUCCAGUAUGACAAUGAGAAUGUAUUAAAGCAAGUUGAACACA